CAGUGGCUAUGCUGAAUUGGUACCAGCAGACCAGCUGAAUAGAAAAGAUGGAAGACUCUGGUAUAUUCCACAUCAUGGUGUGCACCACUCAAAAAAAGGAACAUUAAGAGUUGUUUUUGACUGUGGUGCAGUCUUUAAAGGAACAUCAGUGAACUGUGAACUACUUCAGGGUCCUGAUCUUACCAACUCACUUAUCGGAGUCCUCAUCAGAUUCAGACAAGAACCGGUUGCCUUGAUGGCAGACAUUAAAGCCAUGUUCCAUCAGGUUAAGGUGUCUGAUAAGCAUGUCGACUACCUGAGAUUCUUAUGGUGGCCUGACAGUGAUAUGCAGCAAGAUCUGACUGAAUAUAGGAUGAAGGUACAUCUAUUUGGAGCUGUGUCAUCACCAAGUUGUGCAAAUUUCGCUUUGAGGAAAACUGCUGAAGACAACCAAGCUCAUUUUCCACCUGAGGUGACAGACACAGUACGCCAUAACUUUUAUGUAGAUGACUGUUUACGUUCGAUUCCCACAGAACAAGAAGCAGUACAAUUAGUAAAAGAUCUGACUGCUCUCUGCCAAAUGGGUGGGUUUACUCUGUCCAAAUGGAUCAGCAACAGCCGUGCUGUAUUAACAUCUAUUCCACAAGAGCACAGGGCUAAAGAAAUCAAGGAGUUGGAUUUGGACAAGGACAAUCUACCAAUGGAAAGAGCCCUAGGACUACACUGGUGUGUGGAAACUGAUGUGUUCAAGUUCACAGUUGUUGUACCAGAAAGACCACACACUAGACGUGGCUUUUUGUCUGUGGUCAGCUCUGUAUACGACCCUUUAGGAUUUCUAGGACCAUUUACUCUGCCAGCCAAAAUGAUUAUGCAGGAGCUCUACAAGGAAAAUCUUGGAUGGGAUGAAACCAUACCACACGUUUUCUCUCAACAGUGGACAGGAUGGUUAGCAGAUCUCAGCAAAAUGAAGGAGUUUAAAGUUGACCGGUGCAUGAAGCCUACACACUUUGGUCAAAUCACACACUCACAGCUGCAUCACUUUUCGGAUGCCAGUGAGAGUGGCUACGGAACCGUCUCAUAUCUAAGACUGGAAAACAAAAACAAAGAAGUGCAUGUUGCAUUCAUCAUAGGAAAAUCAAGAGUGGCACCAUUAAAACAAAUGACAAUUCCCAGAAUGGAGCUGGCUGCAGCUGUCCUCGCUGUCAAAGUUGACACAAUGCUGCGAAAGGAUCUACAGUUAAAACUGGAGAAAUCAUUUUUCUGGACGGAUAGCACAACCGUGCUUAAAUACAUAAGCAACGAAACCAAACGCUUUAAAACAUUUGUAGCAAACAGAGUCUCUUUUGUAAGGGAUGCUACCGACAUAUCACAAUGGAGAUACGUGAGCACAAAGGAAAACCCUGCAGAUGCAGCAUCAAGAGGGCUGACAGCAGAUCGCUUCCUAGGCUACAAAAAUUGGAUAAGAGGACAAGAUUUUCUCUGGAAAGCAAACCAAGAAUGGCCAAUCUUGCAAGUUGAAUCCAAAAUCUCUGUUGAUGAUCCAGAGAUCAAACCUGGCAUCACAGUAAAUGCCAUUGUCAAAAGUCAGUUGAACCCAACUAACUAUUUCAUCCACUACUUCUCAUCCUGGAUGAGACUGAAGAUUGCAAUAGCCUGGCUUUUAAAAGUAAAGACCACACUCUUGCAACUGACUAGGAAAAGAAAAGAAGUUCAAACUGCUGUGAGUAGUGUUGAAAAUGAUCCUGUCAAAUUAAAGAAGAAGAAGAAGAAGAAGAAGUGGUGGAAGAAGAGGAUGAAGUGGACAAAGGAAAAGACAAAGAAGGAAAAGGCAAAGACAAGGAAAAGAACAAAAAUAGCAUACUGGAAAGACCAAUAACCAAGAUAUGUCUCCUCCAAAAGACUGAAAUUGAAGAUUAAUGAAGAUUCAAGAUUAAUGAACUAUAAAUGCCAACAUAUUUUUAUUUUGAAAUUAUGAAAGAAAGAAAAAAAGAAAAAAAACAAAAACUGAGAAGAAGAAUCAUGUAAAAGUGAAUUUGAAUGGCUCCCUUCCAAGUAGUUGUUACAAUGUAAACAAUUAGGGGCCCGUGUGUAGGAGCCAUUUAAGGCAUCCUUAUUUUUGUGUUGGCAUUACUUUCUUUUGUCACUAGGUGGCGGGCUUUUUGGGUUGAGCAGUGCAGGGGGGAAGGCAUAU